GAGCUAUAUAGGUCUUUCUUUUCAGUGUGAGUUCCCUGCCUCUCUCCUCCAUCCUUCCCCCUCCUCCCUACUCUUUCUUUUCUCCCUUCCCACAACUCCCUCGAGCUCUCCUCCCCAGCAGCCUCCCCCGCCUCUCCCCAUCCCCCAUUCCCUCAUUUCUCUGUUACUCUGCGGAAUCAGCUUUGACCCAGCAGCAGCAGCAAGGAUGGGAGACUAGCAACAGAUGCUGAGCUUCAAGAUUUGUAUUCCUAGGCAACCUUCCUCCCUCUCCGCCUGUCUAAAGCUGAUACAAAAGAGAAAGGCAAGUCUUGGCAUCCCCAAAACAGAGGAGAUGGCCAUUGCUAUUUAAACCAGAAAACGACACGCCAAAGCCCAACUGAGAGGCCAGAGGGGGUCAACAGAGCUUGGGCUGCUGCUUCUGGCUUCUCCCCUCUCCAGCUAUGCCAGGAUUGGGAGCUGCCUGUGGCCUGGGCCCAGAGAAGGCUACCUUUCUCAAGGAGAGCACAGAAAGCCCAUUAGAAUGGGCCACUGGAGAAGGAAUCCAAGACAGGAAGAGUAGAAAGCAGCCCGCCUGCCAGGGGGUAGUCUGGAGGAAUGUCAUCCUAAUGACCCUGCUUCACCUGGGAGCCCUGUAUUCCCUCACACUCAUCCCCAAGGCUCAGCUGCUCACUCUGCUCUGGGCAUACCUCUGCUUCCUCUUGACAGCUCUGGGAGUGACAGCUGGCGCCCAUCGCUUGUGGAGCCACAGAUCCUAUAAAGCCAAGCUGCCUUUGAGGAUAUUCCUGGCUGCUGCCAACUCCAUGGCUUUCCAGAAUGACAUCUUUGAGUGGUCCCGGGAUCAUCGAGUGCAUCACAAGUACUCAGAGACAGAUGCUGACCCCCACAAUGCACAGCGGGGCUUUUUCUUUUCCCAUAUUGGGUGGUUAUUUGUUCGGAAACACCACGAUGUCAUUGAAAAAGGGAGAAAGCUAGAUCUUACAGACCUCCUUGCUGAUCCAGUAGUCCGACUCCAAAGAAAGUACUAUAAGAUUACCGUGUUUCUCAUGUGCUUUGCUGUGCCCACGUUGGUACCCUGGUACGUCUGGGGAGAGAGUCUAUGGAAUUCCUACUUCCUGGCCUUCAUUCUCCGUUACACCAUCUCCCUCAACGUCAGCUGGUUGGUCAACAGUGCUGCCCACCUGUAUGGCAACCGGCCCUAUGACAAGCGCAUCAACCCCCGGGAGAACCUAUUUGUCACUUUGGGUGCCAUUGGCGAAGGCUUCCAUAAUUACCAUCAUACCUUCCCAUUUGACUAUUCUGCCAGUGAAUUUGGUCUCAGAUUCAACCCAACCACAUGGUUCAUUGACUUCAUGUCUUGGUUAGGGCUGGCCACUGACCUUAAACGGGUUCCCAAGCAGAUGAUCGAAGCUCGGAAAGAGAGGACUGGAGAUGGCAGCACCUGACCACUUGGCCUGUAGCCACAAUGCAUGCGUAGUCUCGAAGUUCUUUUUGUGGGGGGAGGGCUUUGUGACUUUGGGGCUUUGUUGGGGGUUAUUUGUUUUAAGAAUCAGCUUGUCUUAUGUCUCAAAUCAAACUCUUUGUUGAAACGUAAGAGGAAAAGUCCACGUCGCUGGAUUUUAACAUCGAUGCUCAGAGAUAUGGGACAUGGAAUGGACUCUGUAGUUCUCUGACCAGGGUACAAGCUUAGACAUCCUGUCUGGAUGAAGGAAUUGAUUAACGAAGGUGAGAAUUUGUAAACAUUUGUAGGAACGAAUCAAACAUGGCUUUUGACAUAUACUACAUGAAGAAUCCAGUGGACAGAGUGAGAAAUAAUAAAAAGGGAGUUUAAAUAUGCUUUUGGGGACAGCAAGGUGGCUCAGUGAAGAGAGAGCCAAGCUUGGAGACAGGAGAUCCUGGGUUCAAAUUUGACCUUCGAUACUUCCAUGCUGUGUGACCCUGGGCAAGUCACUUAAUUCCAUUUGCCCAGCCUUUACAGCAGUUAUGCCUUUCAACCAAUAGUCAGUAUGAAUUCUAAGACAUAAGACAAGGCUGGGGUGGGGGUGGGGGUGGGGCAUGGCAGUGAUAAGCUUUUAAGAAAGUGUGUUCAGGAGCCAGUAUUGUUUGGUUUUGUUUUUAGAAAAGUUGGCUUCAAUUAAUACAGAAGAGAAAAAGGAAAAUGGAUCUCUUAUUUUUGCCCUCUUCAUAAGCUUAUUAAUAUUCCAGUUUCUUUGUAAUAUCACAUUUUGUUUCUGCUAUGCAAAUGUCGUGUUUAAAGCUAUAUACCCAGGUGGUCCUGUCAAUUGUGGUUCAUUUAGAUACUUUCUCUCUCUCUCUAUUGGGUUCUGGUAUGGACCUAUGAUUUUAUUCAUAUGGGGACUUCCCAAGUGAGGAAACUCCCUUAGCCAGUGCAGGUUGGCAUUCUUCCUGCAAUUUGCUGUCUUAGAAAGUUACCCAAAGCACUUGGAGAUUAAGUGCCCAGAGUCACAUGGCCAGGCUGUGACAAAGGCAGGACCUGAACCCAGGUCUUCCUGGAAGUAAGGCCAACUUUCUAUCUAUUAUUCCAGGCUGCCUCCCAUCUGUGCUCAUUGCCAGGGUCAUUUGUAAAAAAAAAAAAUGUAAAUGUAUAUUUACAUUUGUAAAUGUAACAUGGCUGGCGCCCAACAAAGUUCUCAUUUAAAUGUUGACAGAGCCUAGUCAAUCCCAGGCAGUAGUGCAUGGGUACUUUAGCUUCUCCCUCAAAGUAAGACCAUUAAUUUUCCACAUCAGUCAGUUAGAUCAUAAUUAACUGACGUUUCUCUAGAAUUCAAUGUCUACUAAUGUGUAAGAGCAUGCAGCAUUCAUUAAGUUAGCAUCAAAAUAGAAAAUGAUGAUUACAUAAUGAGCUUCUGAAUUUGUUUUUUUUUUUUUAAUAUGUGUCAAGUUGCCUGGUAAGGAGCAUGUUGAAUUAAUGGAGCAUGGAGCCCUUCCUGUUAGAAGUUAAUCAGUAUAAGAGAAAAGCCUUAUGUUGCUGGCAUUUGGUGUGCUUUGAAGACUACUUUUAGGGGAAAUAUAGAAUUUUCUAUUUAAAUUUUUAAAAAAGAAAUAAUUCCAAUAUGAAGUUGUCUUCAUAAUGUACUUGAUACAGAAAGCAUUUAACAGUGUUAAUUUGUCUAUUAAUGGUGUGUCAAUUUCAGAGUUAUUUACAAUAAAUUAUUAUUAAUUA